AUGGUCACCCUCCCCACUCCAAUGCAAGAUGGUGGCUGGAAGCUGCUGCUGAAACAUCCAGAGAGACUGAAAGGCAGAGACAAGUCAUAGACUCAACAAAACAAAUUAAAACAGAGAGAGACAGACAAAUCAGUAAUAAACAGAAAGAGACUAAGGUGCCUGUCUACACAAAUCGUGGCAGUUCAGAAAUAUUAUCAAUCCCCGCCCCAUUUGGUGUGAAUAUCUCUUGGAGGAGUCCCAGAGCAAUAGAGAGACAGGCCCAGCAUUCUGGUCUGCUCCGAUUCCGUGUGUUUGGAAGUCUUGAAGCCGUGUCCACCAUGUCGCACAGCCCUGAGGUGAAGGAGGACCCUGUGGAGUGUCCGCUCUGUAUGGAGCCCCUAGAGAUCGACGACAUCAACUUCUUCCCCUGCACCUGCGGCUACCAGAUCUGCCGUUUCUGCUGGCACCGCAUCCGCACAGACGAGAACGGGCUCUGCCCAGCCUGUAGAAAGCCUUACCCUGAAGACCCCGCAGUGUACAAACCCCUUUCACAGGAGGAGCUGCAGAGGAUAAAGAACGAGAAGAAACAGAAGCAGAAUGAGCGCAAACAAAAGAUCUCAGAGAACCGGAAGCACCUCGCCAGCGUGAGGGUGGUGCAGAGGAACCUGGUCUUCGUGGUGGGGCUGUCGCAACGGCUUGCCGACCCAGAGGUUUUAAAACGGCCAGAAUAUUUUGGGAAGUUUGGGAAAAUACACAAAGUAGUCAUCAAUAACAGCACGUCAUAUGCAGGUUCACAGGGUCCCAGUGCCAGUGCGUAUGUUACCUAUAUUCGAUCUGAAGAUGCCCUCAGGGCUAUACAAUGUGUCAACAAUGUAGUCGUAGAUGGUAGAACACUUAAGGCUUCUUUAGGUACAACUAAAUACUGCAGCUACUUUCUAAAAAGCAUGCAGUGCCCUAAACCAGACUGCAUGUAUCUUCACGAGCUGGGCGAUGAAGCAGCCAGUUUCACUAAAGAGGAGAUGCAGGCUGGAAAGCAUCAGGAAUACGAACAAAAGCUGCUACAAGAGCUCUAUAAGAUGAACCCCAAUUUCUUACAACCUUCUGUAGGGGGAGGGGAGAAGUCUAAGGGCAAAACCAGUGCACUGCAGAGGCCCAAUAGUAAUAACAAAGACGCCUGGCCAUCAUUACAGAGUUCUAGUAAAGCACCAAACGGUCUGCUGAACGAACACCGGAAAACGCCUCCUCUCCUCGAUAAUGGUUCUGAUCAAGAACACAUGACACCAGACGGGCCCGACUCAGAGUUGGGGCAGGUCGGCUCCCUUUCCCCCUUCACAACGCCUUGCGACCCUUCAAGCCCAAUUGACAAACCUCCAGAAUCCCUAAUUUUAGGCAAUGGUGAAAAUUUACAACAGAUCCCCAGCUAUGACUCGCCAUCACCACCUCCUGGUCUCUCAAAACCCAGUCUGUUGGUUCCCAUCAGCGCAUCCAAUCACAGUGCACGGUCUCCAUUUGAGGGGGCUGCGGCAGAGUCACAGUCCCUUUUCUCGGACAACAGUAACUUUCGACACCCCAACCCGAUCCCCAGCGGUCUGGCCCCCUUCCCCAGCUCUCCACAGAACAACACAGACUGGCCCACGGCACCGGAACCACAGAGCCUCUUCACAUCAGAAACUAUACCAGUGUCAUCAUCCACAGACUGGCAAGCAGCCUUUGGUUUUGGUUCCUCAAAACAGCAAGAGGACGACCUCGGAUUUGACCCCUUUGACAUCACCCGCAAGGCGCUGGCGGACCUUAUCGAGAAAGAACUGUCUGUCCAGGACCAGUCGCCUCUCUCCCCAGGCUCCUUACACAAUCCUCUGCACGGCCCCUCAGUCAAUGGGCCGGGAGCUGGCUUCAUGCAUAACACCGCCGCACCUUCUAACGCCAACUUCCCGAACUCAGUGCUGCCUCAGCGGUUCCCUCAGUUCCAGCACAGGGCGAUGUACAACUCAUUCAGCUUCCCUGGCCAGCCCGCCCGCUACCCCUGGAUGGGUGUCCCACGCAAUAAUGUCAUGCACUUGAAUCACACAGCAAACCCCACCUCAAAUAGUCAUUUCUUGGACUUGAGUUUACUGCCACAGCACAGUACAGGCUUAGGAGGGAUCUCAAUCACAGAAAAUAGCAGUUCUGUAGAAAGUUUAAACGUGAAAGAGUGGCAGGACGGCCUGAGAGCUCUCUUACCGAACAUCAACAUCAACUUUGGGGGGCUGCCAAACUCUUCCUCCUCCUCUUCCUCUUCCUCCUCCUCCAGUGUCAACCACACAGGGGCGCCAGCAAGCUCAGGGGGCAUCACACACAGCCUGAGCUGGGACGGGUCGGGCAGCUGGAUGGACCCCGCCAUCAUCACAGGUAUACCUUCCUCUUCAGGAAAUGGUGUGGACUCUCUCCAAGAUGACAAUCCCCCUCAUUGGCUCAAAUCUCUGCAGGCCCUCACAGAGAUGGACGGCCCCAGCACAACAGUGCCCUUGCAGCCUCCUCACAGUACCCCCUUCAGCACACAGAUCCCUCUUCACAGAGCAGGCUGGGCCCCUUACCCAUCUCCCUCCAACCCCACCAGUUUCCACUCUCCGCCUCCUGGCUUCCAGACAGCCUUCAGAAACCCCAGUCAGACCCCCACAGACCUGAUACAGAGCGCAGCCAUGGACCGUCAUUAGAAAUUUCAAAAAAACAAAAUCAGCAGAGAUACAAACAAAACUAUUAACAAAUACUUAUAACAGUAUUCUUUCUUUCUUCCUUUGUUUUUCUUGUGCCCCCUCCCCUCCCCCUCUUUUACGAUCAUGCACAAAAUGCAAAGCAAUGUGAUCACUGGUUCUUGGUUGUUUUUUUUUUUUUUUUUAAAUUAAUUAAAUAAAUAAAUGAAAAAGGGGAUUCCUGCUUGCUCAUUAAGCUCUGCUGUUGAGAACAGUAAUUAAACUGAGUCCUGGUUCAACCAGAAGUUAACUGGACAGGGAUUGAGUUUAAGUAAUAUGAGGCUGAGAUUUGAAAGCUGGUGACAAAAUGAAGGUACAGUAGAUAUCUAAACUGCGAGUUUAACAGAGUAAACAGUUAGCUAUUUGUCCAGCUGAAAUCAAAGGAGGAUAAAAAAAAGGCCACAAAAAAAGGCUAUUUAAAAAUAAAAAAUUAUAUAUAGAAAAUGUGUGUGCAAGCAGUCCUAAUUGCCAUGGCCUCUUGUUAGCAAGUCAACGUAAGGGAAAGUGGUUUAGUUGUCUGGUUAAUUAACAAAAUUGUUAAUUAGACAGUUUUUUAUAUUUUAAAGAACAAACCAACAGCUGAUUGAAAGACAAAAGGGAAAUAAAGAGUAGAUCAAUCGUGAACCAAAAAAAAUAACCCCCAAAAAAAGUAAUUACGAAGAUUAUAAAAAUUCUAUGUAUGAAGAAACCCCUCCAGGGCGCUUUUUGCCUUUGCUAUGAUAAAGCUUUUUAAAGCUGUGAGAAGGACGUGACUCCUGCAGAGUGUUCUGGGGCUUUAAGGGUAAGCUGGGAUAACACACAAUGACAGUAUAAGUCUGGUGUUAAAUAUUGAUUAAAUCUGUUUUUAUUUUUCAAUUUUUGCUCCUGCUAAGAUCCUCAGUGCAAUUAUUAUAAGUAGAGCAGCAGCCUGGCCUGUAGGAAUCCCUGAUUUAAUUUAAUUUUUUUUAAAAAAUCUGAUUUUCUAACAAUGAUGGAAUGAUAAACUGAAAAAGCUUUUUUUUUUUUUGUUUUUUGUUUUGGCUGUUCCAGUACGAGUUUGGCAUGCAACACUGAUUUAAUUGAAAUUUGAUUAUUUAAGGGCAUGUAUUUGGAGUGAUUUACAAAAAAAGAGAAAGGAACAAGAAAUUAGACUAUUUUAUUUUUGACUUUAGCUAAAACAAGAAAAAGGAAAUUUUCUAGAAUAAAACAACAUUUUAAAGAAAAAAUGCUGCUCAGAUAACAGGUGGGCACAUAGGAGAAAUAAUAGAAAAUUCUCUCUGGCUAAGUGUUGCUUAUUCAAGACACUGGAGUUGUGCAUUCUGAGAUUUCAGGAGGGGGUCACAUCGUCUGCCAAGGAGGUCAACCUUUGAUCUCCACUAGAGCUUACUUUUUUUUUUUUUUUUUUUAAUGGUCUCCUUAAUUCCUCCUUGUUGACUAUGUAGGUUUCUGUCAACUGUUCAGUAUUCAUAAAAAACAGAAGCAGAUAACCAUGGGUAUAACCUGAUGCUAAAAAAAAAGUUAGAAAUGAAGAACUAAAGGAAAUGUACCUCUCUCUGCAGAUCUGGAACUAAAAUCUUAAAUAAAAGAUAAAACUUGA